UUUAUUGUCAAUCGCAACAACCAGAUAAAAAAAAAGAAACGGUAAAUCUUACAUGUUAACUUUCAAAACACAUGUAGGUUGAUAUUGUGCGUAAAAUUAGCUCAAUUAACCCUUGAAUCUUUUUCCUGGAACAUGUCCUAUUCUAAAUUGAUCAAUCCAAAAAAGAAGAGACGGGUGUUUGCCACAAAAGAAUCACCGUUCCCUGUUCCUAUAGCAAGCAUUACUAGGGAAUCAACCUCUGAGAAGCAAUGGUUGUAUUACACGGGAAAUCUAGUGGGGAACCAGGUUAUGGUCCACCACUCAGGAGAUAUCAAUUUUUUGUAUAAAAUGGGAUUUUUUGGCAAGGGAACCCUGUCCAGAAGUAAACCAGAGUUCAAUCAAAGAUGUAAGCUGGUUUCUCUCCCUAAGUGUGAUGGAGAGAUCAACACAUACAGAGUGACCAGUAGGAGAAGCUACUUAAGGAGACUUAAUUGGCAGAAUGCCAAGUCAGGUGACCCGGAACUUGAAGAAUAUGACAGUUCACAGGAAGUGGAAUUCUUGGAUGAUGAAAUAAAUCAUGAGGAAGGAGAAACAGAGAAUGAUAUGCAUGUAGAUACACCAUCAAGUAAUAAGGAUAACAAGGAAAGUAAUAAUCAAGGUAAAGAUUUGAUUGGUCCAGUAACCAACCAAUCAUUUGAAGGGAAUGAAUGGUCAGCAGCUGUGGAAUCAUGGGAUAAGGCAGAAGCAGAUGAGGAUUUCUGGGGUGUGGAUCCAACAGAGGAAACCAACAAAAACCAAUCCUCAUCAAAUUUAAGAACAAUAACUAAUGAUUUGACAGGUAAAAGAAAAAGAGUAGAUGAAUGGGAAGAUUCCAGGGAAGAUGUUGACUUCUGGUGUAGUGAAACUUCAAAUGUUCUCUCUAAUCAAGACAAAGAUGCAUCAAGUUCUCAAACUAAAAUCAUCCCAUCAAAGGAUUUUUCUCUGAAUUCUGCUGCUGAAGAAAAUGUACAGGUAGAUGAAGAACUUUCGGAAUUGGUGCCAAAUGUUGGAAACCAUGACAUAAAUAAACAGACUGAAAUUUCUCAUAGGAAUUUAACUGAAACAACUGAGAUGGAUACAAUGAAUGUUCAAACUGGUCCAGAUAAAGAAUUAACUGAUAAAAAGGGAGAUGAACAAGGUGAUCCAUUGUGCGAGUCUGACGAGGAAGAUGGAGAGUUGUUUGUGAUGGAGGAUUCUGAAAAUGAAAGUGAAAAUAGGAAAAGGAAAUGGAAAGAACUGUCAUGGAAACCAGUGGUUAAAGAAGAUCCUUACUAUAUCAAAGAAUUCUUACACCUUACUUUCCAAGAGAGUUUCUAUUUGGCCUAUGGACUUGGAUGUCUACGAGUAUACGAAAAUGACAAGCUUUUGAAUUUGUCAGAGAUGUGGGGGAUAUUUUGUCAAAGACAAAACAGAUUUGUCUCCCUUUAUGUAGCAUACCAUUACUUCAGAAGUAAAGGAUGGGUUCCAAAAACUGGACUGAAAUUUGGAGCAGAUUUUAUAAUAUACAAGGAGGGUCCACCAUUCUACCAUGGUAGUUACUCUGUGCUGGUGAAAAUGGUAGAUGAGAAUUUAGUCGAGGAGGAAAACUCACGAACUUUGACCUGGACACAGCUGGCUGGGUUGAAUCGCCUGACUGAACAUGUAGCCAAGGAACUGAUGAUAUGCUACGUAAUCAGACCUUCACACCUCACACAAUCUGACCUCAUGUCAUCUCCCAGAGUUAUCAGUCAAUUCAAGGUUAAGGAGAUGGUUGUUUCACGCUGGGUUUCCUCCCAGGAAAGAGAGUCCAAGAAUUUAGAAGAAAUACCUUGACCUUAUUUUUAAUGACAAUUAAUUACUGUGCAAUAAAUUUGAGACCUUUGUUGCUUUCACAUAGUGAAAGAUGUCCACUGUUAUUUAUGAAUUAAAUUAUUUCAAAUUAAAUGUUAAGUUU